AUUCAAAUUAGACCAACAAAAUAGCAAAAUCAAGUUCAAACGUAUCUCUCCAUUCAAAACCCAAAAUCUAAGAGUACCAAGAACUUAAGGUUGCUUAACGCUUCUUCUAUCUUAAUUUGACAUGGACUUCCACCAUGUCCAUUUGUUUUACAAAUUGACCCUGGUAAAAACUCCACCAUUCUUCCCCAACACCAAAAAUGGCAACUUUCACGGUUCCUUUCAUGGCGGUCACCCUUCUUCUCAUACUCCAUCUCUUUUCCAUUUCUGAAUCAGCUCCCCUUUUGUUGGGCAAAUUUGCUAAAAAGCCACACAAAUUACCAUACAAGUAUCAAAUUCAGUACUUCAAUCAACGUCUUGAUCACUUUAGUUUCCAUGAUUAUGGAAGUUUCUCACAAAGAUAUCUUAUCAAUACUGAUAACUGGGUUGGAGCAAAGCGUAGAGGACUAAUCUUUAUGUAUUGCGGUAACGAAGGGGAUAUUGAGUGGUUUGCUUCCAAUUCUGGAUUUCUUUGGGAAAUUGCGCCUCAAUUUGGUGCCAUGAUUCUCUUUCCUGAGCAUCGUUAUUAUGGAGAAUCAAUGCCUUAUGGAAGCAAAGAGGAAGCCUACAAAGAUAACACCACAUUGGCAUAUCUUACAGCAGAACAGGCGAUUGCCGAUUAUGCUGUAUUGCUCAGGGAAUUGAAGCGUAAUUUAUCUGCUGAGGAUUGUCCUGUUGUAUUAUUUGGUGGAUCAUAUGGUGGAAUGUUAGCUGCAUGGAUGAGGCUCAAGUAUCCUCAUCUCACGGCUGGCGCACUUGCAUCCUCAGCACCAAUACUUCAAUUUGAAGAUAUCGUGCCGCCUGAGACAUUUUAUAACAUAGUCUCCAAUGAUUUUAGACGUGAAAGCAUUAGCUGUUUCAAUACAAUAAAGGAGUCAUGGGAUGAACUAGAAUCUGUUGGUGAGAAUGUAGAUGGCCUAAGCCAGCUCGCCAAAACAUUCCAUCUUUGCGGGGAAUUGAAGACUACUCAAGAUCUUUCCGACUGGUUAUCAUCAGCUUAUAGUUACUUAGCCAUGGUUGACUACCCAUACCCUUCAGACUUCUUGAUGCCUUUGCCGGGACAUCCUAUCAGAGAGGUCUGCAGAAGAAUGGACAGUGCUGCGGAUGGUACCAGUAUUCUGGAUCGGAUAUUUUAUGGAGUUAGUGUUUAUUAUAACUACAGUGGGACUGUAGAGUGCUUUAAACUGGAUGAUGAUCCUCAUGGGAUGAGUGGUUGGCAAUGGCAGGCGUGUACUGAGAUGGUAAUGACAAUGUCUAGUGACCCCAAUAAGAGCAUGUUUCCGUUAUUUCAAUUCAAUUACACCUAUGAACAAGAACGUUGUUUGAGAUCAUAUGGAGUAAAGCCACGAGGCAGAUGGAUAACCACCGAGUUUGGUGGACACGAUUUUAAAAAUACCUGGAAAACAAGUGGGAGUAACAUAAUUUUUUCUAGUGGAUUAUUGGAUCCUUGGAGUGGUGGCAGUGUUCUGCAGAAUGUAUCAGAAACUCUAGUUGCUCUGGUUACUGAAGAAGGAGCUCAUCACCUAGAUUUGCGAGCAUCAACUCCGGAAGAUCCUGAUUGGCUGAUAAAACAGCGGACAUCUGAGAUCCAGUUGAUUCGGGGUUGGAUCAAUGAUUACAACAAACACAAAGACAGGGGCUCGGCUUUCAGUAUGUAGAGUAAGUAACCGACCCUUAAAAACGCCACUUUCUUCAUUUCACCUUGGCGUCUGACACGGUAAGACACCACCGUAAGUUAGAAAUGAAGCAAAUGAAAUCACUCAUAACACGCCGAGAAUGAUAUCAGUGAUGAGAAAUUGAUACUUCAUAGCAAGUUUACUAAUAAUAAUUAGAAUUGUUGUACUUAUUGCUUCUAUCUAGUGAGGAUAUGUGGUAGCAGCUUCAAUAAUAAAACUCAGAAAUUUGGCAACAUAGAAUUUGGCUUGUAGUUUAGAGUUAAGGAAUUACAAUAGCUUGGUUAACAUUUUAGCUAGCGGGUUGGGUUAUUAACGGACCUUUGCCUAAAGUGUUGGAACGGGUCAGGUCAGAUAAUUAUGCGAAUUGGUUGCAAAAAAUAUUUUACCACUUUUUUUAUAUUUUUAUAUGAUGUUAUAUA